CUUUCUUGACUUUCAAACACCACAACAAAGCUCGUCUCUCUUCCCUCUUAUUUAUUCCUGCAACAACCUCUUCCAUUACAAUAAUCCCUCACUUCUCACCAUUAAUACUCUGCAAGCGAAGCCCCAACUGAAGCAAGAGACUCUCUCCUUGCCCUCCAUUGGAAUCUGAAUCCAAGCAAAAAAAUAAAAUUAAAAAAAAAACCAUUUCUCUCUUCACUUUUCAUUAACAUCUUCUGUCUCAACUCUGAUGAAGAUUCUACUUAAACACCCACCAUGUAAUUCUUUUUCUUACCUUCUUUCCUUCUCGUCCGCUGGAAUUGGCAUGUACUUUGAGUAGAGCAGAAGCAUUUCAAUUUUAAUGUAAAACUGUAAGGAAAGGAUGGGGAAGUGGUAGGUGAGGAGGCUAUAAGAAGGGAAGAGGAUUCAGUAUCAGAAGCUAGCUAGGGCAACAAAAGGGCUGUCUAUCUCUUCUUGCUUCUCUUUUGGCUGGCAAUUGAGGUAUCUGCUUAGGGUUUGGCCUUUUUAUUAUUAUCAUGGCUUCAUCAAACAGACACUGGCCUAGCAUGUUCAAGUCCAAGCCCUGCAACACUCACCAACACCAAUGGCAGAACGACGUCAACUCAUCAUCGCUGGUGUCAACUGGUUGCCACAGACACCCUUACGCUUCAGUUCCUGGAAGUGAAGAGCGAAGUCCAGAGCCAAAGCCAAGAUGGAACCCAAAGCCUGAGCAAAUUCGUAUUUUGGAAGCAAUCUUCAAUUCUGGCAUGGUGAAUCCACCAAGAGAUGAGAUAAGGAAGAUCAGAGCUCAAUUACAAGAAUAUGGCCAAGUUGGUGAUGCCAAUGUUUUUUACUGGUUUCAAAAUAGAAAAUCAAGAAGUAAACACAAGCUGAGAGACCUUCAAAAGCAACAAGCACAUCAUCAUGCUCCAUCAGUUACCACAUCAAUCACUACCCUCACAACACCUUCUUCUUCAUCAUCUUCCUCAGAGAUAUCCCCUACAAAAGGUUCCAAAAAGACUCUCUCUUUGAGCUCUCCAAGCGUUGUUGAUGUGUCCAAUUCACCAACCUGUUCAGUCAACCAGACGUAUUUUCAAACACACAGUGAGUUCGUGCCUGAACCCUUUUUCUUCCCGGCUCAGCCGACUGCAGCAGCCGGAUCAGGAGGAACUGGUUCCUUUACACAAGGGUUUUGCUUCUCUGAUUUAUCAAAUGUGGUUCAAGUUCAAGAUAAUACAGUUGGGCCUUGCACUAGCCUUCUGCUGAGCGAGAUAAUGUGUUGUGAUGCUUCAAGAAAAGAUGUUCAUCAUGAAGACAAGAACAUGAGAAUGCAACCACACUUUAGUUACCAUGUCACUUCUCCAAUUCCUCCCAGCAUCAGCCUUGCUCCUUCUCUAACUCUUCCGACUACUAAUCCAAAUAGUAACACUGCUCAGUCUAUUAUCAGCCAAAUUCAAGGUGCAGGAGAGUCAGCUUCAGAGGGUUCCAGUGGCCCAGUAAGAUUAACUGUGUUUAUCAAUGAUCUUGCAUUUGAAGUGGGAGUGGGACCUUUCAAUCUGAGGGAGGCAUUUGGUGAUGAUUUUGUGUUGAUUCACUCCUCUGGACAGCCUGUUCUCACCAAUGAAUGGGGUGUCACUCUCCAUUCCCUCCAGCAUGGAGCAUCCUACUAUUUGGUACCUCUUUCCAUGAGCGAAAAUAUGUGAAGGUGGAAAGGGGCUAACUAGCUAGCUAAGGUUGCUGUGCUUCUCUUUGCUUCAUAUCUAGGGUUUGAAUAUUAGGUUUGCAGCAACGUAUCACUAUUUUAUGGAUCUUAGAACUUGUGAACCAUGUAUUAUAUUUUACUUAUAUUUCAUGUGAAACCCAUGUCAAUGGAAUAUGCUUAUC